CCGAGUGGCGACGCCAGAGCGGCAUCUUUCACAUGCCGGAGGCCAAAUUCACGGCGGAAUUUUCUUAUUGAAACAGAACGUGGCUGCGAUUUAGUCCUCGUGAAUCGUAAUCUUACUAAUCUUGUUCUCCUCUUACACGCCGCCGGAUUGGAUCGGAUUGACGAUGGGAUCGGAGCUCAUUUACCGCGGCCACGAGGCUCAGCCACUUGGCGAUGCCGCCUACUCGCCGAAGCAGAUGAAGCGAUGGCCUUCGCUGCCGCGCCCGGUGCGGUAUCUUCUACGGGAGCAGCGCCUUUUCUUCCUGAUAGCUGGGAUGGCUCUGGCAACGAUCGUUUUCGCGUUGGUGCCGAGAUCGCCGGCGGGUCAUCAGGAGAUAGCCGGGGCGGCGCACCUGAUGGUGGGGAUGGCGGCGACGGCAGAGAGGCGGUGGCAAGCGUUGGAACCGGCGAGGAUAGGCUCUGUUGGGGGGAAAGUUCCGCUAGGGCUGAAGAGAAAGGGACUAAGAGUGGUGGUAACGGGCGGGGCGGGAUUCGUGGGGAGCCAUCUGGUGGAUCGGUUGAUUGAAAGGGGGGAUAACGUUAUUGUGGUGGAUAAUUUUUUUACCGGGAGAAAGGAGAAUGUCAUGCAUCAUUUUGGAAACCCUAAUUUCGAGUUGAUCCGUCACGAUGUGGUUGAGCCGCUGCUCCUUGAGGUUGAUCAGAUCUACCACCUUGCUUGUCCCGCUUCCCCUGUUCAUUACAAGUUUAAUCCCGUCAAGACGAUUAAGACAAACGUGGUGGGAACCCUCAACAUGCUGGGGUUAGCCAAGAGGAUCGGCGCCCGCUUCCUCCUCACGAGCACCAGCGAAGUCUACGGCGAUCCCCUUCAGCACCCGCAGGUCGAAACCUAUUGGGGCAACGUGAAUCCCAUCGGGGUUCGAAGCUGUUACGACGAAGGGAAGCGGACAGCCGAGACUCUGACCAUGGAUUACCACCGCGGAGCUCAAGUUGAAGUGAGGAUUGCUAGGAUCUUCAACACCUACGGGCCGCGCAUGUGCAUCGAUGAUGGGCGGGUAGUCAGUAACUUCGUCGCCCAGGCGUUAAGAAAGGAGCCACUAACAGUCUACGGCGACGGAAAACAAACGCGAAGCUUCCAGUACGUGUCGGACCUGGUGGAAGGCCUGAUGAAACUAAUGGAAGGAGAACACGUCGGUCCAUUCAACCUCGGCAACCCCGGCGAGUUCACCAUGGUGGAGCUCGCCCAGGUGGUUCAAGAAACCAUCGACCCGAACGCCCGCAUCGAGUUCCGCCCCAACACCGAAGACGACCCUCACAAACGCAAGCCCGACAUCACCCGCGCCAAGGAGCUCCUCGGCUGGGAACCUAAGGUACCCCUUCGCAAGGGCCUCCCCCUCAUGGUUUCCGAUUUCCGUAAGCGCAUUUUCGGCGACCACGCCACCACCUCCUCCUCCUCCUCCUCCUCCUCUACCUCUGCUUCAUCUGUUUGAUUUCUCCUUUCUUUCUUUCUUUCUCGCCCUUUUGAACAAAGAAAGAAGAUAUAUUUCGCCUUCGCCCCCUCUCAUAUGUUCUCUUCGGGGUUUACAGUGUUUUUUUAUUUUAUUUUUUUGACCGCUGUUAAACAGUUUUAUUAGUACUGGUCGAAACAGGAGAGCAGUUCUGUUUUCUUUUUCGAAUAUAAAUAUAAUCUCUAUAUUUUACGUGAUA